CUUAAUUUUUUUUUUCGUUUUCCGCUAAUUUGGUGGGUUGGGUUUUUCCCGAAGAUUCCCGCCCAGAAAGAAAAAUGUAAGGUUUCAGAGGAGAGAGAGAGAGAGAGAGAGAGAGAUAAGAGUCUUCGAUUCGAAACGAAGAAAGCAAAAAGAGGCAGGGAGAAUGAGAAGGUGUACGAGGAGGAGAUAUAUACAGAAGCAAUUCAGAAUAAGAGGGUACCACCUCAUUCAUAAUCGAUGCCUUAGACAUGAUUGUAGACUUCCCAGAUGAAGAUAUCAAUCAUCUUCUCAAUCUCCUUCAGCAGGAAUCGCGUUCUUCUUCUAUAAUCGAUGUGGAAUCAAUUGAAAACGUGAUUAACGCGGCGGCGGCAGAAGAAUCGACUGUUUAUCCCUUGGCCAUCAUCGACAAUGUGUUUCUGGUGCCAAAAUAUCGAUAUGAUGUUUGUUAAUAAGCGAUUCAUCCAGUAACUAAGGCUUCUACUUUCUUCUGUUACUAAGACUUUGUCAGUUGAUGGAUUGGUAGGCAUGUGAGUAAUCUGCCUGUUCACGGCGAGGCUUCUGCAAAAAUACAAGUAUACAGGGAACGUUUCAGAUUGCUGUUGCAGAGAGUUUCUCGCUCUGAGUAUUUUUCUAGCCCAGCAUUUGAUGCUGAAAUAUCGCAAUCUAACAAAUACGAGAUAUCUUCCAUCCAGUCUCUAAUCGGUCUGACGGGAACGAAAUGGGUGAUGGGCUUGAUAUCACAGAUGGAAGAUGGGCACUUCUACCUUGAAGACCUUUCAGCUUCUGUAGAGGUUGAUUUGUCCAAAGCAAAGAUAACCACUGGUUUUUUCACAGAGAAUACUAUCCUUUUCGCAGAAGGUGAAAUGCACAACGGCAUCUUUCAGGUUAUUACAUGCGGGUUUCCUCCUUUAGAAAACAGGGAUAACACGUUAAAGGUACACCCUGAGGAUGACUUCUUCGGAUGUGGCAGGCCAGAUAAACGAAAAAAGGUUCUCGGGAAGUUGGAAACAGUUCUUGAUCGUUUUGAAAGAGUGAAGAUAGUGCCCUCUUUGUUAGUUUUCAUGGGAAGCUUUUGUUCUCGCCCAUGCAACUUAUCAUUUUGUUCUUAUUCAAGCCUUAGGCAGCAGUUUGGUAAACUUGGGAGAAUAAUUGGAAACCAUCCACGGCUAAAAGAAAGCAGUCGGUUUUUAUUCAUUCCAAGUCCUGGUGACGCAGGUCCUUCGACAGUCUUGCCAAGAUGCAGUUUACCAAACUAUUUAACUGAAGAGCUUCGAGGCAUUAUUCCCAAUGCGAUUUUUUCAAGCAAUCCUUGCAGAGUAAAGUUCUAUAACCAGGAUAUUGUGUUCUUCCGACAAGACGUUGUGUACCGAAUGAGCCGUUCAUGCUUAAUAUCCCUUUCCUCAGAAGAAACUAAUGACCCCUUUGAGGACCUUGAUUCCACAAUAAUUCAUCAGAGCCAUCUUUGUCCUCUACCUCUCAUGGAGCAACCCAUCAUUUGGAACUAUGAUCACUGUCUACAACUGUAUCCAACUCCUCAUACGAUAGUAUUAGGUGACAAGAGUGAGCGAAAGGUGUGCAAGUUUGGGGGAGCAACAUGUUUCAAUCCGGGCUCCUUUUCAACUGAUAGCACCUUCGUAGCUUAUCGGCCUUCCACUCAAAAAGUCGAACUCUCUGCUCUGUGAUUCUCUUUUCAGACAAAAAUCCUGGGAUCAAAACAUAACUUUAUGUCCUCUUCCUUGUUCCAUUGUUGUAUUAUUAUUAUUAUUAUCUCCUAGACACGUGAUCUCUUUAAUUUAACCAAAUCUAUUCAAUGCCUGCCUGCCUGCAUAUAGAUCGACCAUAUCAGAGAAGGGUCAAUCUGAAUCAUC